CGCCCUCGGUCAAUGGAGACCACUGGGGCGCCCGGUGCCCUGCGGGCCCGGACGUGUCCAUGAGGGUUGGGUCCUGCGCGCCCCUCCUUUGCUUUCCUUUCCUCUCCUCUCCUCUCGCGGCCUCGCCGCAGCAGUAGCCGCCCGAGAGCAGGAGGAUGCUGUCGGCUCUGGCCUCCCAGCGCAGGGGAUGGGGCUGCUUUUAUCAACUCCAUCUGCUGCGGCGGAGGGACCGGUGCCAGCCGGGGGUCUCCGUCGCGCGGACAGGCUGCUACGGAUGGCAAGUUCCCCUUAAAUUUGGAAGUCUUUUGCCUGUCUCAUCAGGUUUCCCUAAACCUGUUUAUUCAAGACAAGUGCGUGUUUAUACCUCUGAUGGUCAGAAAAAUAGCACAGGAGCACAAGAUGCAACUUCGUCAGCCCCUGAAGGCAAUGCAUCCAAAAUAGCAACAGCUCGUGAUGCUAGCAGUCAAACAUCCAUUUUGUCACAGCAACCUAUUCAUGUAAAAGUGAAAGCUGUUCUUAAAAAAAGAGAAUAUGGACCAAAAUACAUGAAGAAUAAUUUCAUCACUGGUGUCAGAGCAAUAAAUGAGUUCUGUCUUAAGUCCAGUGACCUUGAUCAGCUCAGGAAAAUCAGACGGCGAAGCCCUCAUGAUGAUACAGAAUCUUUUACAGUGUUUUUGAGAACAGAUGUGGAGGCCAAGUCUUUAGAAGUCUGGGGAAGUCCAGAAGCUCUUGCUCGAGAGAGAAAAAGGCGUAAAGAAGCAGAAAUAGAAUACCGAGAAAAUUUGUUUAGAAGUCAGCAGUUGUUGAAAGAAUAUAGAGACUUCCUAGGAGAAACAAAGCCACGGUCCAGAGCGUCAGCUAUGUUUCUGAGUGGACCAGGAAAAGUGGUCAUGGUUGCUAUUUGCAUAAAUGGAUUGAAUUUUUUUUUCAAGCUUCUUGCUUGGGUUUACACGGGUUCUGCAAGCAUGUUCUCUGAAGCCAUACAUUCAUUAGCAGAUACUUGCAAUCAAGCUUUGCUAGCAUUGGGAAUCAGUCAGUCUGUAAGGACACCAGACCCAAGUCAUCCGUACGGCUUCACAAACAUGCGCUACAUUGCAUCCCUGAUUAGCGGUGUUGGCAUUUUCAUGAUGGGUGCAGGUCUGUCAUGGUAUCAUGGUAUUAUAGGUUUACUUAAUCCACAACCCAUAGAAUCUCUUCUUUGGGCUUACUGUAUUUUAGCAGGAUCAUUGGUCUCUGAAGGAGCUACUCUUCUUGUAGCUAUAAAUGAAAUUCGGAGGAGUGCCCGGGCCAGAGGGGUGUCAUUCUAUCAAUAUGUUAUGCAGGCUUGUGAUCCCAGUACCAAUGUUGUGUUGUUAGAAGACACCGCAGCAGUUCUGGGUGUGACGUUAGCUGCUACGUGUAUGGGUUUAACCUCCAUAACAGGUAACCCAUACUAUGACAGUCUGGGGUCUCUAGGUGUGGGAACUUUGUUGGGAAUUGUCUCAGCAUUUCUUAUCUAUACGAACACGGAAGCACUGCUGGGGCGAUCUAUCCAGCCUGACCAGCUACAGAGGCUUACAGAGUUAUUGGAGAGUGACCCUGCAGUCAGAGCAAUUCAUGAUGUUAAAGCUACAGAUAUGGGAAUGAGCAAGGUGAGAUUCAAAGCAGAAGUAGACUUUGAUGGACGGGUUGUUACUCGGUCUUACCUGGAGAAACAAGACAUUGAACAGCUGCUACAAGAAAUCCAGCAAGUGAAGACUCUUGAGGAAUUAGAGACUUUCAUGCUUAAACAUGGUGAAAAUAUCAUUGACACACUAGGAGCUGAAGUAGAUCGACUUGAGAAGGAGCUAAAGAAACGGAAUCCUGAGGUGCGACAUGUCGAUUUGGAAAUAUUGUAGACUUCAUGGAAGCCACUUUUAAGAUCACUGGUCUGGAUAAACCAAUUUUAGGAACAGAACAGCAUCUGAAGCAACAGGGAUCUCAAGCUGUUGUUGCUUUCAGGGUCAGGAUCUUAGUGCUGAUUCUUCUUUUCUGGAACAGCAGUGGCUUUUGUUGGACUGGUUUCCUGGGACAACUGCUUUGCCAUUUCUUUACAUUUGAAUCUGUAGCACAGAUGAAAACUUGGGACUAGAAACUUUAAAUUAACUAAGUUAUUGAAAUGCAAGUUUCUGAAAAUAUACACUAUAUAUUUUCAAGUUUUUGUACCUUGUUUGCAUAUUAGUUCCCAUGCAGCUGCUAUUCCUAAGCAUUUCUUGGAAAUCUUGGAGAUGUGUCCAUGCCCUUCUAAAGGCUGCUUUCCUUCUCGAGUCAAAUCAGUGUAGCUCAGUUCUGUAGUCUUUCUCUGACUUUCAUGAUAGGAACUCAGAACUGUUUAAUCUUUCUUGGCAUGAGUGGGAAACAUUCCUUGUUGUUGUGUUUAGUGGUUCUCAACAACUUACAAGUACACACCAGUUAGAAUGCUGCCAUUUAUUGUCCUAGAAUAAGGUGAGAUACUGUGUCAGGACUAUAUCAACAAGUUGACAGGACGUUAGGCUCCUACAUCAGGGUUGUGACCUAUAGCUGCUUCUGGCAAAGUCUAUGUGAUCAGAGCAGAUUGGGCGGUUUUGUUGUUGUGGCAUUGGCAUGUACUCCUUAUGGACAAUUUGUGCUGACCACAUAGAUGAAAGUUGCAGGUAUUCCUGUGAGCCAUAUGGGAGCAACUAUGCAAUGGCAAUAGCCAUGGUCUUUGUGGUAGGGUAGAGACAUGGUAUGUCUCUCCUCUUUCUCCUAAGAAUCUUAGUUUUUUAAUCCACUUGCUAACUUUAUUGCUGCCUACCUUUUAAUGAAUGAAAGUACAACAUGGAGCUUGUGUGUUAAUGUUGGUUGCUUGCUCUAAAUACCCAUUGUUCUUUUUCCUGUUUAAUUUUUCUCAGUUCUGUGGCAUUCUGUCUAUAUUUUGUUUGAUGCAGGAAAAUAUAUGAUACAGAAGGAGUUGCACAUUCCCUCCUGCUUGCUGCUAUCUGCUGGUACAACUAUUAAGCUAGAAAGGUUGCUUAACAUGUCACUGAAACCCAGACUUCUGACUUGUUGCUCUCCUCAUAAGUCGGAAUUGCAGUCCAGAAUUUAUUCUUGGGUUAUGGUUUUUUGUUUGAAAUCAGCAAGCCAGGAGUCCUCAGAUUGGACAACACUAAACAAAACCUACCUGGGAGUAGGGAGGAGCAGUGCAGGAGCAAACAUUCUGCAUCAAUAAACAUACAGCUUGUUCCGAUAAGCCAGGAUCCUUUGGAAUUUUGGCUUAAUGUCUGUGAAUGUAACCAUGUUUUUAACAUGCUCUAAAACGCAUUGAGACUAUUGUCAUAAUUCCGCCUCCAAAGAACUGUGCAACAUGCUUUGUACUCCUAAGAGGACUUUGGACUUCCGUUUUUCAAACAGCAAGCUGUUUGUGAAAUGGAGGGGGUUUCAGAAGCAAUUCAUGAUAAUAAAUACAUGCUCCAAAAUAUCACUUAAAAUAGCACAAGCAGCAUUUCAAGUGACUGUUUGGAUCCCGGCUAGAAUAUUUAGUUUAUUUAUAACUGGUGCAGCUUAUGUAGCUCUAAAUGGCAGAUGAAAUUUUAUAGCAUGAAGCAUCUUGCCUGUGGAGAGUACAGCAGCCGCAUUGUAUGAAAUUCUUGCUUUCGGUAAUUGUAAAACGGAAUUCAGAGACAGUAGGAGCCUGAAAGACAUGGAAAUCCAGAUUGUAAACUCCUAUACUUGUGUGAUAAUCUUGGAACUUUGUAGUUUGGAAGAGGUUUUUUUUUUUUUUUUAAGUAAGAGGAAGUGUACUCUGAAGGUAAGUGAUUAAGAGGGUUGUAGCUUGUUGGAGAUGAAAAUUGAAUAGAAAUUCUAUAGUUUAGGAGCUGGUCCUCACAUUUUACAUCACAUGAAUAUUCAGGAUGAGAUUUGACAAGUGACUGUCUCAAAGCAUUGUUUUGAAUGUUCUGAUGAACUCCAUCUGGUAUUGGUUCUGUGAUGGCUUGUUCACAGAUUCAUGUUCCUUUUGAUGUCUUUUGUAAUGUGAUGAGCACCCAUGUGUAGAAGUCAGCUCUUCCUUAGAGAGGCUUUGUGCAAAUGUACUUUACAAGCAAAAGAUUUUAUGCACUUUAAAAUAUUGGAAAGUCUUUGACAUGAAGGCAGUUUCUCUGACUUCUCAGUGAUGCACAGUGGCUUUGAUAGUGCUGUGGGAACCUGCCUUGAAAGUGAUAUGUACUGGUGAUAAAGAUUAUGAUGGAGACCAAAAUGUGUCAGCUCAGUUUGUAAAUAUAAUGUAUCACUUCCUGAAUUAGGAACAAUUUAAAGUACUAUGAUUUCUGGAAAUCCCAUGCAUUUUUUUUAGUGUAACAAUGUUCCAGAUUUCAGGUUCCGGAAACUAAGUUGUACAUAUUGUAAUUAGAGUGUAAUGAAAAUGUGUUGCAUACAUUUAGACUUGUGUUAAAUUCUGACAUUUUCAAGACAAUUAUUUAGUAAAUGCUUACUUGCAUCCUGGUGUAUAUUACAAGUAUCCCACUCUUAACUGUGUUCACUGCAAGUAACUAUUGCGUGUGUGCAUACACACACAUCUGAGCUCCUCUGUGCACACACAUCUCUGGUUGAAGCAAAAGUCAAAGCAUUGCCCACACUGAAGUGAAUGGAGAUGUUGCUUUCAUAUGUAUGCCCCUUUGGUUGUGUGGCUGAUUCUUUCAUGGCAGUGGAUGGGGAAGCCUGCUUGUUCUGGAGCUCUGUGUGCUGUUAGGCUCCAGAACAAUGUUGGGAUGUCUAAGUGGAACUUCAGUCUGUACAAAGGCUGCUUUGUGGCCACUUGCAAGCUCUCACUUGCGCUAGUAGGAAUUUUCUUCAAGCAAAUGAGGAGAGAAACAUAACCAAUGUUUUUCUCUGUGGGCCACAGGUUAGUUAGGGGGGAACUAUUUGCUAUACUGAUUGUAUUGGGUGACAGACCUCCUCUCUUGAUUUCUUACUUGAAAGUCGGUGUAUGUGACUAGAUUGGAUAAAGACUAGUGUGCUCCAGGAAGGGAGGAUUAACCCAUCCCCCACUACCCGUUUGCCUCCUGAAACCCACCUCUCACUGUGCAGGGGUUUUAAAAGAGAAAAAGGUUUAACUUGGCGUCCUGCACUGAGCAGGAGGUUGGAUCCAAUGGCCAUCUGGCCACCUCCAACUCUGCUAUUCUAUGAUUCUAUGAAGUGUCUAUUUUAUGUAGGUUUCAUGAAGCAGUUGCCUGGGGAGGAAUGGUUUGAUCCUCCCCUUCUGUUGCAUGCUGGUCCGCAUCCCAGUUGGGGCUGUGCACUUACUCUCAAGAAAGUAAGAGGGUUGUUUUUUAUGCCACGUGCUAUGCAAUUAAAUUAACUAGUGUGGUUUUAUCGUUACAUAGGUAUGUUGGUGUGGGCAGGCCAAUGGUGUGUUUGUGGACUGGUGGACUUGCAAGGUUGACUUCAGACUACAUCUUAGGUUAAUAGUAUAGCUGUAAAUGUAAUUGCCAAUAACAAAUAAUCAAGAGUGCUAAUUUAAAGGCAAGGUGUGCAUAUUUGUAUAAACUUACAACCCUGGUGGGUUUUAAGUUCUCUUUUGUGUGCUGUACUCCAAAGUUGUCUUCUGGAAUGCUCUUUUAUCACCUCCUAGUAUGCUCAUGAAUGCCUAAUCUGGGAAGCUUAACUGGGUGGUUUUCAAAUUCUGGGAGUGGGCCCUCAUUGGUGUACAAAAUUCCAGGGAGGGAUAUGAUCCUGAAGCUGUCAGAGCAUCCCUUCUUGUACCUGCCAAGACAUCAAAAUUGAAUUUCUUGCAAAAUUGGACCCUUCUGGUCCACAUUGGAUUUGUGGGAUAAGUUCUCCUCCCCUGCCCCAUCACUUCAACCUGACCAAGGGAAAAGAGCUGGUGCUUUGCUGGAAUGAUUUAGUUUGCUCGAAUAGUUUUAGAAGGGUACCAUUUUGGUUCUCUUGGUCUGUCCCUUUCCUAAUGCCACUGUUGGGUAAGUAUUCCUAUCCGUCAUUUCCUUGGUGCAAAAAUAAGACAUGUGCGGAUGUACUUGAGCAUUUCUAAUUCUCUGCUCUGGAAGAUACUUCUUUGAUGAAUUAAGUGUAACUAUAAGGCAGGGUAUGUUCAGAAAGUUUAAGAAACACUGGGUGGACUGGAAUGUGCCUGUGAUGCGCAUGGCACUUCCCCAUCUUUCCUAACUCCUUUGGUGUACAGCAUUGAACACUUGAAGAUUAAAAUGGUGUUUAAUAUCUGAUUGAGACAAAGCUUCCUUGAAGUUGAGUUCCUUGAAGUAAAAAGUGGGAGAAUGACAGAAUGAGUAAAUCAUGCCCCUUGAUAGGGAGGUUGUGUGUGUGAACAUCAAUGAAGUUUACCUAUGAUUUGGUUGUCCCAAGUGACCCAUCUAGAGCACUGCGAAUAAGAUGGUGGAGUUUCUCUAUUUAUGUGCAUAAAUGCUUGAAUGGUUGCGGGUGACAUUUGAGUUGUGUCUCUUUUGAGGUUAAAACGAUGGAGCUGCCCCAAGACUAAGUUAACGAAGUAUUUAGUAAGACUGAACGCAGAACUAGAACCUUACUUGGAACUGCUGCACUGCGUCCCUUUCCUCUUCAUUCUGUGAGAUGUCUUUUUGAGCUGUGAUGUCUCUCUCUGUCCCACUUCCAUUGAUGCUAUUGGUUUAUCUGUUUUGAUAUCACAAAGGACCUGAAGUGUGUUGCUUUAGACCACUAAGUGCCAAGGGAGGAUCUGGUGGACCUUAACAAUGGAAUAUUGAAGUCCAUGAGGAAUUUUUGCUGAAUUGAAUAAAUAUUGCCUAGAUGCCAUAGGCUUGGGAAUGAAUGCCAUUUUGGGUGGAAAGGCAGAAUAUAUAUUUAAUAAAGAAAAUGACACCUUAUGAAUGCAAAUCCAUGUGGUAGUUCUGAAGUUUUUGGGUGGAAACAGAUGAUAACCCUUCCACUUUUAUGAUAUAUGGUAAUACCAUUUUGCUUUUCAAUAAGUGGUACAUUUAACAGACUUUUCCGAGUUGUCAGGGAAGCCUUCUGAUGUGUUGCAAUGCUAUGGCUGGUAUAAUCAGAUUGAGAAGCGUUAUGCUAUUAGUUCUUUGUUUUUGAACACCUCCUCCUGCCCCCCAGUCUCCCUCUCCCUCUUCCGUGUACUGGUCAGGGAAAUGAAACCAAAUUUGAGGAUAUGUAUUUUUUAAUUUUUCACCCAAAUAAGCUAUCUGCUAGUUUAAAGGCAUGGAAGCCAUAAAAUAAAAUAAAAUUGUGAAUUUGCAAACUUUUUCAUUUUGUUAACUUGAAUUUCCAUUCUGAUGUGCCUGAUAUCCAUGGUUGAAUUUUCUAGUGUGUACAUUGGAGCUCUGCUGAAGAACACUCUCACUUCUUGUGGCUAUACUGCUGUGGUACACAGUCUUGCGCCAUCUUUCUUAACUGAAUUUGGGAUAACUUUGGAGCAGCUAUUGUUGUCCUUGGAUACAGUCACACUCUUCUUAGUAAUUUUAUUUGAAGCUUCCAGUUAAGUAUGAGCCUCCUCAGCAUCACAUCCUUCUUUCCUUACAUUAUCUCUCCUUGUAAUGUUCUGAGAUUUUGAGCUCAGUGUGUGACAAACUGGGGAAGGUUGAUUAGAGAUCUUGCUUUGAAGGAUGGAUGUGAAUGGCUCUAGUGAAUGCUUUGCAAAAUCUCUUCCUUGUGCAAUUUGGAGGAGGGGCAAAGGGGAAAUAAUCAGAUCCUCCUUCCUGCACCUUUAAAAUUUCAUGGACCGUUAAUGUAGUUUUUGCUAAAAUAACCAAAGCCAACUGAAACUUUAUGCUAAUGUUUACCAGUGUGGUUGCGGGUACUUUGGUGGUGGUGGUGGUCAUCUGUUUAACAUUCUCAGGAACAGUCUACUUGCUCUAAUUUCUGUCUUGCUGUUUUUCAUUUCUUGUGUCAUUGCAGCCUUCUACUUUGCAUGUUGCAGCCACUGGUCCUCUUGUCGCCAAUUCAUAAUGCCUAGCCUCAACUGAACAUUUUUUCUUGUUUCCUUAGAUUUCUGUUCUGACCACAUGGUAUGUUUGUCAUGCCGAAUCAGAGCAAAGUCCACCUAGCCCAGGCCAGCUUGCUGGUCCUACAGUGGCCAUCUAGCUGCCCGUAAAAAGCCCACAAGCAGGGCAAAAGCAUAACAGCACCCUGCAGCCCAUGUUCCCCAAUAUCUGGUAUGCAGAGGUGUAUUGCCUUUGAUACUGGAAGUAAUAUACAGCCAUCAUAACUACUUGUUACUGGUAAUCUUAGCUUCUGAGGCACACACCUUUUAAGGUGCAAUCCCAGGCAUAUUUAGACAGAAAAAACUUCUACAGCUCCAGCAUGCUUCAUCCACCCAUGCUGCAUUGCAGGACAUUUUGCUUUCUAAACAUGCAUAGGUUUGCAUCCUUAAGCAGACUGAAAAUGUAGAUAUGUGACCCAGAUCUAAAGAACCAUCCAGUUGGUUCCAUUUGCUGAAUGCUUGCUGGAACAUGGAGUUAUGCUUCUCAGAGAGUAGGCCCUCUGUACCAUCAAAGGUAUAUUCAUGAUUAGAUUUUCUUCUAAGAAAAUUUGCUUUGUUUCAUAAGUCAUAAAGUGCUCCUGGGUAGUAAUUGCAUAUGCAGUGUGACAGGGAAGGAGUGGGGACCUGUCCAGUGGUCCCUAACGUGGUUUCUUUCAUAAGAAAAGUAGUGUAAAGCUCUUCAGUGUGUCCACCACCCUCUAUCCAUCGCUAGACCUUUUCUUCUGCAAUGUUUCUAGCUGUGGAAAUGGAUGUUUGACUUCAAAUGUAUCUGAUUCGCUAUUCCUGAGGUGUUUCAAUUUUCUGUCUGUCAUGCAAUACGCAUUCUUUCUCUUUUUCAUUCUCUCACAAAUAUAUUUUCUUUUGCUGACAUUCACAUUAUUCAUAUGGGUGUAUGUAUAGUGCAGCUAUACAUAAUCAGUAUUGUUAAACCCUUUCUAUUUUGUUAAGUCUGAAAUCAAGGAUACAAGGAGUUCCAUUCAACUAACAGGGCUCUACCGGGAAAGUUUUGCUUCUGUUGUGCCUCUCCAGUUAUUUCUUAUAUAUGUCUGCUCCACCAUCUUGAGUAAUGAUUGUGUAUUAUUUCAGAUGAACUGCUGAUGAUCCCGAAUAAAGUAUUUGCCUUGA